GUAUUGGAUAUUGCUUGUGGCAAUGGCAUUUGGAUAAUGGAAAUGGCUACAGAUUUCCCAGACAGUCAAUUUUUCGGUAUUGAUAUCAAUACAAACUACCCAAAAACAAUUAAACCGCCAAACACCAACUUUCUACAAUGGGACAUACUCAAUUCAAAAGGUGUUCCCUUCCCGAAUGAAUAUUUUGAUUACAUCUUUAUGCGACAGGUAUAUACAUGCUUUUCUGCAGAGGAUUGGAAAACCGUGAUGAUGGAAGUAAAGCGAUUGUUGAAACCAGGCGGUUACGUCGAGUUUCGUGAUCUCGAUCCGAUAAUACACAAUCAGGGGCCUUUCACCUCCGAA